GUACGUGCGUGACGUAAACGACGAUCCAAACAAGUAUCAGCUGUGUUGCAGUCAUUGUUCCCUGGCUCGCCAUCCGUUUCGGUAGGCGUACGAACGGCUUCGCUUCUCUGCGCGCUUCGUGUUAUCUUCGAUCGGGUGGAACGACAUCGGGAAGACAGCGGUGGUGACGAGCGAGCAGCACGGGACACACGACGAGUCGUGCGAGCGCUUUUAGCCGUUCCGGCCACGGCAAGUGGCGAGGAGAAGAAAAAAAAAGAGGGGAGGCCAGGCCAGGCCAGGACGCGACGAGGACAGGACCUUUCCGUUUUCCUGACGCAAUCGUGGCUGCGUGCGUGCUCCGGAGACUCCCAACCCCAGCCCCGGCCGCUGACCACCGACGAUAACCACCCACGGGAGACAAUAAUCGUGUGAAAAACGGGGCGGUACGCGCAUAAGCCUGGCCUCGAGCGGCGAGUCGGACGACGGUGGACUCGCUCCGCCACCGUGCAAAAGGUCCCGUAGUAGUUCUCAGCCGGCUAGCGUAUCACCAGCGGACGAGAACCACUCUUCCUCCAGCCUGGACAUGGAUAAUUAUCGUAUGCGCUACAGCUUAAUGCAGCAGCAAGCCGCAAACAGUGGUGUAUCCUCUGGACUGCAACAGAAUGGAGAUACAGCAGACUCUGGUGGAUCACAGAUUGCUAAUGGCAAUCUGUUAGCAGACACAGAUAAUGAUGUCAGUGGUGUGAACGGAGAAGCAAAUCCAAGUUCAGGACCUCCAAAGAUAAUGGACAAAACUAAUCAGGACAUUGUGAGACUCAUCGGACAACACUUGAAGACAGUUGGCUUAGAGAAUACCACUUUCAGUCGUACUGCGGAUUUGCUUAUGCAAGAAUCAGGAUGUCGACUGGACCAUCCUGCCGCGGCGAAGUUCAGGCAGCAUGUUAUGGAUGGCGACUGGAGCAAAGCGGAUCACGACCUCAAUGAACUCAAGUCUUUUCUAAACAGUGCAAAUCAAAGUUUAGUGGAGAUGAAGUUCUUAUUAUUGGAACAGAAAUAUUUGGAAUUCUUGGAAGAGGGCAAAGUACUGGAAGCAUUACAAGUAUUGCGUAACGAGCUUACCCCUUUAGGCCAUAAUACCGGCCGUGUUCAUCAAUUGUCCGCGUUCAUGAUGUGCAGUGGACGAGAUGAAUUACAGACACGUGCAGGCUGGGAUGGCAAGGGACCAGCCUCCAGAGCUGCGCUUAUGGAUAGACUGCAAAAAUAUCUGCCACCCUCUAUUAUGUUACCACCGCGCAGACUUCACUCUUUACUUUGUCAAGCUGUGGAAAUGCAAAAUCAACAAUGCACGUAUCAUAUAACGCAUACACAGCAGACGAAUCUAGAAAAUGUCUCUCUGCUUGUGGAUCACAGCUGUAGCAAGGAAGAGUUUCCGUGCCAUACCAUACAGAUACUCAAUGACCAUUGCGACGAAGUUUGGUAUUGUAAAUUCUCACCCGAUGGUCUCAAACUCGCCACAGGUUCUAAGGAUAUGACUGUAAUUAUAUGGGACGUAGAUCCAGAAACGCUGAAAGUAACGCAUAGAAAAACACUCGAAGGACAUACGUAUGGAGUAGCGCUAAUUGCUUGGAGUCCUGACAGCACUCACCUGAUUGCUUGUGGUCCUGAAGAUUGUCCCGAAUUAUGGCUCUGGAAUAUCGACUCGCCUGAUUGCGAAUUACGUGUGAAAUUAACUCAGAGCACGGAUGACUCAUUGACGGCCUGCGCAUGGCAUCGUGAUUCAAACAAAUUUGUUGCGGGAGGUCUUCGUGGUCAAUUUUACCAAUGUGAUAUGGACGGCAAUGUUUCCGAGACGUGGGAAGGAAUAAGAGUAAAAUGCCUGUGGUGUCGGAACGACGGCAAGACCGUUUUAGCGGCAGAUUCGCAUCAUCGAAUUCGCGGAUAUAACUUCGACGAUUUGUGCGAUUUUACAAUAUUACAAGAGGAUCACCCCGUCAUGUCAUUUAGUGUAAACAAAACAGAUCGACUCGCAUUACUUAAUGUUGCGAAUCAAGGUGUGCACCUUUGGGACUUGCAUGAUAGAUGCCUCGUGAGACGUUUUCAAGGAGUCACCCAAGGACACUUUACUAUUCACAGUUGUUUUGGCGGAGUCAAUCAAGAUUUCAUUGCGUCUGGCAGUGAAGACAAUAAAGUAUACGUGUGGCAUAUCAAAAGAGAACAACCUAUAGCGACUCUCAUAGGACACAGUAGAACAGUCAAUUGUGUCUCGUGGAAUCCCGUUUAUCACCAAAUGAUGGCUUCCGUAUCGGAUGACUGUUCAGUAAGGAUAUGGGGCCCAAGAUCGGCUUGUCCAGAAGGAUCCGAUUACGAUAAGGCUGCGCUAGAAGCCCCCCCUUCAAAUAUUGACAUCUGGCGCGCGAUGGUAUCGUAGCGAACUACAGCGCAUCAGUGUUCCCAUGACCUCAUGGUGUUCAAAAGACUGUCGUGUUGAUUGUCAUACUGACAUUUUUCUGCCUUCUGCAGUUGCCCUUCUAUACCUCACUACUGUCGCUCUUAGCCACCAUCCAACGCGUACGGAGAUAAUAGGAGGGACGUAUAUGUUAGCAACAACUGCUAACUAUUAAAAACCGAAGCCAACCAUCGAGUGUAAUUUUCACAUUUGUGCAUAUAUACUUUCUGUUUCAUAUUAUCUUACGGAUUUUAUAUACAUCAUGGAAUUCGUUGUGUUAUCUCGAUUGAAAACGUUGAGUGAUUUAAUUGCGAAAACUAAUAAUCGAGAAUACGGUAUAAUACGGUAUAAUAUAAUAAAGUAAUGUUAUACGGCAGAGUAGAGAAAAUGAAGAAAAUUCCGUCUUAGAGAAUUGGUGUCUAAAGAUAAAAUUAUAUCCAACAAACGGCGACGUAUUGUGCAUGGAACGAAUCCACAUAAUAAUCUUGGAACAGUAUCGUAGAGAUAUUACGUUUUGACGGAAAUUUUGUCAGAUUUGACUCUAAUUGUACUAGUAAGCACUGUAAAAAGAUACAACAGUCUCGGGUCUACAGUUUUUAUUCGGAAUUGUUCAUCUCGUCUAGUGACAUAUACAUUAUUUUAAUGUGUUAUGUUUUGCAGUUUUCGUCCUUUCUUAAGAGACUGUAAAUUUUCAAGUAUGUAUCGUAAUCUCGUAAGGGAUUACUGGAAUUCUUGGCGCGGGCUGGGCGAAAAUUCGAAAAUAUUCAGUGCAGAAAUAAAAAUUUCGCUGCGUUCUCAAUACAGCGUAACAAACUACAGAGUUUAAAGAGCGAUAUCUGUAAAUGCGUGAAAUCCUUUUAUUUGUUCAGGCAUUUAUAUAGAAAAGAAAAAAUUACAUCAGUUUUUAGUUAAAUUUGUAGUCGUGUGAUUCGCACGAACAAAAUUAUCCAGUCUAUAUAUAUUGUCGAGAAGAUUUCUAGAAAUGGGGAAUCGAGUGCGCUCCGAGUUUUAUCGAUACCAUCCGCAGCGUGUUCGAAAUUUGCAAUAUUAUGAGUAUUAUGAAGCGUAACAGUAUCUAGUCGCAAAUAUAUAUCGCGAUUUCACAAGAGAUUAUUGAUUCUGGCGCGUUGAACGAAAAUACCAAAACAUAUUCGACAAAGAAAUAACAAUUUUCUUGCUGCUUGGGGUAAUUCCAAUAUCACAAGCAGCGACAAAUCACACUACGUUAGAUUUAAAGGAAUGAACGAAUUUCAGAGCCACGUGUUCUCUCUACCCGUAUUGUUAAAACAUUUAUAAAGUAGCGAGUAAAACUUUUAAGACCAAUAUUAUCUUUAACGCUGUGAAAUCCCGGCUGCGACCUCCCGACGGGAAUUUAUAUCAGUCGAUUGUUUCUCAGUGUUGUCACCGUUUUUUGACUUUAUAAAUUCACUUUCUCGAUCGUUGACACUGUAUGAUUAGCAAUGCGUUCCGCACCUACAACCAGUAGUUUUCUACAAAUUAUUCUGCGAUUUCUAGUCUUGGGACUUCGAAUGCUGCUUUGAAUGUUCUCAUUCUUUACUAUUCACUUGAAACAUUUUACGAAUAUUGAAUAUAAAAAAGUACAAAAGAGAAUAUCGGCCUUUUUCCCAACUAAACUUUCCGAUUUUAUUACGAAAUGAUAAAUUAUAGACAACACAUAUACACACAUGCACAAGUUAUAUAUCUGUAUCUUGAGAGCAAGGAAAAAGGUCUAAUUACUCAUGUCUUUUUCAUUUGCGGUUGUACAAGUCUUCAAAUUUGUAAAUCUUUCAGGACCUGUAUGUAUGUAUGUGUAUGUGCGUGUAACAUAUAUACUACGAAUUGAUUAACUAGUAUUUUAAAUAACAUUUUAUGAUUAUAUAUAAAGAACGAAAUUUAUGAUUGAACUUAGGGAAAACUUUUAGAAAUUCUGAAAUAUCUACAAAUUCUAAGACUUGUAUAAAAAACUGUACAUUGAAAAAGUAGAUAAGUAGAAUUAUAAUCCUUUUUCUUCCAAGAGGUACAGAUGCAUAUCUGUAUUAUGUACGAAAAUCUAUAUAUUUUAUAUAUAUAUACAUGUAUAUAUAUUCGUAUAUAUUCGCUUUACGUUUCAAAGUACUCAUAGUAAUUCCGAAUACCUUUCAUCUCUUGAUUGGAUUUUGUUCCAACGGCUUUCAGGUGGUAUCGAUGUUACUUGGUACGUACUCGUUUCCUCGAUUAUAGCUAUUCUUUACAGAUAUGCGCGACAAAUCCACGAUUUUUAAAAAUACUACACACAAUGAAGGGAACAUUUAAAUACAGAAGUUACUGCGAUUCGCGAUUAUAUAUAUUAUGUUUGGCUUUGUUUUUUAGGCGUCUGUUAGGGAACUGUACGAAUAGUGAAAUCGAGCUCAAAAAAAAAAAUGAGACACGAAAAUUUUGUAGAUCGUGCAAAUUGCGCAAGCAAAUCUCACCAUUCGUGUAGUAUCCUCGCGACUGCCGCCGGCAGAUCUUUAUACUGACAAACCGCCCCGCACCACCCUAUUAUUAUUGUUAUUAAUAUUAUUUUUUAUUAUAAUUAUAUUAUUAUUAGGCUAUAUAAUUUUUUUCAGUCAAGCAUUUAACGUGAAUAACGAAAAUGUUUUUAAGUGGAAUUUAACUUAUUUAUGUGUAAUUAAACAAUCUGUGAAAUGACAAAAACAUACAUAGGUAAUGUUGGAGAAUUACGAAUGUUGUACUCGUCUUAUUAACUGCCAUGAAUCGAUGCAAUGAAGGACGCAAUGUACUGUCUCUUUUCCGUCACUUGUAACUUGACAAAUGGCAAAUACGCUAGUUGCAUUACACAGUAUUAGUAGAGUGAAGAGAUCGGUGUAGCGACGAUACACACAAUAUUCAAGAAAAUUAUUAGAUUCGCUUUUUUUUUUUUUGAUUGUUGUCUGCACUCUCGCCCGUGUAAAGCUAGUUUCUCAAUUACAAAGAUUACACGCAGAAGAAAAAAAUCGGAACAAGGAAUACAAUUCUGGUGAAGAUAUAUAUACUUAGAACGCAAUGGCAAUUAACGGGAUGAGUAUGUUGGAGGAGAGGAAAAAAAGGUUCAAUUUAUUUUACUGUCCGAAGUAAACGAGAAGUCUGAGAAUAUCGAGAGAUGUAGGAUAUACCUAUAUAUGUAAACUUGUACAAACAAAAAAAAAGAAGAAAAGAAUAAUAAUACCUUUGCAACAUGUACAACUAUUAAACACAUUUACAUGCAAAGAAAACUUCUGUAGUUGAUGAUCCUAAUGUUAACAGGAAGUAACGUAAUGUCAGUCACUAUUAUCAUUUGCAUUUAGCAAGAUUUACCUCUGGUGCCUUAGCACUUUACGAUCCGAUCGAAAAUUGACAAAUCUCGCGCGCGUGAGAACUCGGAACGUUAUUUCACUCGUGACGCGACGGAUUCCGAUAGUCCCUGGAUGUAGCGAAACUGUAUAGUGACAAUUUCAGCAGAGACCACCCCUUUAUAAGUAUCCUUCAAAAUUCACUCGCACGUACACAUUUGAUUUGAUCUUAUACGCAUUCUUACGUUAGCCCGAACACACGUUGAACUUCAGCUCUAGGUACUACGAACCCACGUAUUGUAACGUUGAAUGUUGAAUUGUCCGUUUGUCAUAAGUAUUUGUAUAUCUGCCGUUGUACAAUACUCUGAGAGAGAGAGAUAGAGAGAGAGAGAGAGAGAGAGAGAAAGAGAGAGAGAGAGAGAAAGCAAUAAUAUAAUAGCUUCCGAAAUUUUUAAUUUUUUCAUAGAUAAAUGUGCAAACGAAAAUGGUUGUGUAUAAUUAAGGACGGAAGAGUGUACCUAUUAUUACACGGUCGAAUAUCUCGAUUUUAUCUUUUAUCACUGGACAAAUAAAGGCAAAAGCUCUCAAUUGUACUUUUAA